AUGGCGUUGACAUAUAAGGAGGCCCAGCUGGUCAAGGGGACCAUACCCUUCCUCAAGGAGCACGGCGAGUCCGUCUCAGACAUCGUCUACAGCACCCUCGUCAAGAGGCAUCCCGAGCUCAACAACACCCUCAAUGUCAUCCACCUCAAGGACGGCCGCCUGGCAAGGGCACUGACCGUCGUCAUCCUGCGCUUCGCAAGCAGCGUCAACAACAUCUCGGAGCUCAUCCCGAAGCUCGAGCGAAUCUGCAACAAGCACUGCACCCUCGGCAUAAAACCUGAACACUAUGAGAUCCUCGGCGGCCUGCUCAUCGAGACCUUUGAGGAUGUCAUGGGCCCGGCCCUGACCCCGGACACAAAGGCCGCCUGGCUCAAGGCCUACCGGAUCCUCUCGAAUAUGAUGAUUGGCAGGGAGAAGAUCAUCUACAAGGACUUUGAAAGAUACAAGUGGGGGUCGUGGCGCAAGUUCAGGCUGGACCGCAAGGUCUGCGAGUCGGACGACCUCUUCAGCUUCUACCUCGUGCCCAAGGACGGCAUGCAGCUGCCCAAGUUCCUGCCGGGCCAGUACAUCAGCAUCAGGCUGUUCGUGCCUGAGAUCGGCUACUACCAGACAAGACAGUACUCCAUGUCGGACUCGCCACGGGGCGGCGACUACUACCGCAUCACAGUCAAGAGGGCCAAGGCCCACACGGCAUACCACGACCCGGGCAUGCUCUCCAACAUCCUCAUCGACCGCGUCAAGACGGGCGACGACAUCGAGUGCAGCCACCCGUCCGGCGACUUCUUCCUCGACACCACAGUGCCCAGCAGCGUGCCCAUCGUGCUGAUCUCGGCAGGGGGCGGCGUCGGCCCCCUCGUCUCGAUCCUCAACGCCGUCACCGAGGAGCAGCCCACGCGGCACAUCUCGUGGAUCCACGGCUGCCGCGAGGACGUGCCCUUCAACACGCGCCUGACGGUGCUCAAGCGCCGCUGCCCCAACCUCAACACCACCAUCUUCAAGACGGUCUGCCAGAGGGGCGACAUCCAGGGCGUCACGUACGACUACAACAGCCGCAUCGACCUGCCAAAGGUGUCGGCCUCGCUGCUGCACCUCGGCCACAGCGGCACCGAGUACUACAUCUGCGGGCCCGAGGUCUUCAUGAAGACCAUGAUGCAGCAGCUCAUCGACCUGGGCGUCGACAGCAAGCGCGUCAAGUGCGAGCUGUACAGCGUCGGCGAGAUGAAGCUCGACUCGGUGUGUGGGUAUCUGACCCCCAGCAACGGCACGCCCUUGUCGUCGCCUACCAGUCUAGCAGAAUCCAAGGUGUCUAAAGAUCUCGAACGACUUGACUGGCUCGCAUGCAAGCAAGACGCAGAGGCUGGGAGGGGAGGACACUGGGCAUUCCCUGGAAAGCAGGGCAUUGAGGCCAGCCAAGCAAAACAUCGACGAUGGCACGACUCAUUCACGAUGGAGCGGAUGAUACCACCGGUUGCGAAAUUCCACGGUGCUGCGAAAGACUCUUGCAGCGUCUGCCAGUGA